AUGCCUCCUAAAGUUGUCGUUGGUUGUCCAGCUCGGGUAACCCUCUCGCCCAUUAUCCUUCGUCUCAAACACCGGGGGCUUUCUGAUAUUGCAACCAAAGCACAAGAUGCGGUUCAACUGGGACAGACGUCUCUUUCCCGAAUCACUACGAAGACCCUCCUACGCUCGCUAGUGUUGACAUCGAUAAUGAGGAGAGCGUGGAUCAUGCAGCCAUCACUGAAGUUUCUCAAUCUCGUAACAAAGUCUAAAAGUCCAUUACUAGACUUGGACAGGAACCCCCUACUGAACCGGUUGAUCAGAUGGGCUCUCUACAAUCACUUUUGUGCUGGCACCACCCACGCCGAAAUUAGUCAUUCAAUUGCUAAGUUGAAGGCGAUGGGCUAUCAGGGCGUCAUCCUCGGCCAUGCGAGAGAAUUCACCGUUGAUCUAGACUCGGGAGUCACAAAGUCUCAAAACGCCAAAUAUAUUCCUGCUGGGAGCCGAAUGGUGGAAGAAUGGAAGCAACUCAAUCUCGAUACUUUGCAGAUGCUACAGCCUGGAGACUUUCUGUCCCUCAAAAUGACCGGUGCCGGCCCAAUUGCCAUCGACGCUAUGCGAGCACGCCAACCAAUGCCCGAAGUCGUCUUAAGGUCAAUGGAAGAGAUAUGCAUCGAAACGAAGCAACGAGGUGCACGGCUCUGGGUCGAUGCCGAGCAACAAGUCUUCCAAGUCGGCCUCGAUGAUUGGGUGAUUGAACUGAUGAGGAAGUUCAACCGUGACGGACAGCCUCUCGUUUACAACACAAUCCAGGCAUAUCUCAAAGGAGCAAGAGAUAACGCUUCACGUCACAUCACUCUUGCGGCCACUGAGGGCUGGACUGUGGGUGUCAAACUCGUGCGAGGAGCGUAUAUUGAACAUGAGAUCCGCUCCCUCAUCCAUGACACCAAAGAAGAGACAGAUCGCUCCUAUGACGAGAUUGUCGAGACUCUCAUCUCACGAACGCCAUGGCCGAUUCAAAGCUCAGCUAAGUUUGAGUUUCCAUCUGCCGCCCUCUUUCUUGCCACACAUAAUCGAGCCAGUGCCGAAAAGGCCAUCAGAAUUCACCGGUCGAGAGCCACUAAGGGUCUACCAAUGACAAAGUUGGAGUCUGGUCAGAUCAUGGGCAUGGCUGACGAGCUGAGCUGCGCGCUGCUUGAAAAUCGGGAUCAAUACGCUGCUGAUGUGUCUAUGAGCGAUGGUGGGGCCCCUGGUAUCUUCAAAUUCAUGGCAUGUGGGUCGGUCGGAGAAUGUUUGGGAUACUUGCAUCGUCGUGCAAUUGAAAAUCGAGGCGCUGUAGAGCGCACUAAGUAUAUGGUUGAUGCUUUGAAGAGGGAGCUCCGCCGCCGUGUUUUGGGUUAG